ACACAUUCGGAAGGAACGGAGCGUUGAGCUGCAUUGUAACUGCAUUGAAGAAUAAAUCCAUUUCAGCAGUCGAAAUAAAAUAAUACAAUGAACUGCAUAAAGACAUCUGACCAACUUCUGGAUUACAUCCAGCGUAGCAACGUAAAAACCGUAAGAUUUGAGUUUUCAGAUAUCAAUGGGAUCACAAGGUGCAAGCUUAUAUCAACUCACAACCUUAAGGACUUUGCGGUCUAUCUGGAUAAGGGAGUUCAGUUCCCAUCACUAUGGCUCUGUGAAGACACCGAGGGAAAGAUAUAUGAUUGUGCUCUCACACAAAAGUAUAGAUUUACUGAUGUCUCUGGCUUGCCUUCUCUAAACACGUUCACUCUUGUUCCUUGGGACCAUGGUCUAGCUCGAAUCACAACUGUCAUCCACGACCUUCAUGGGAAAGCUCCCCUGAUGGAACACCCAAGAAACAUAGCGACCCAGCAGCUGGAGCAUCUUAAGGACUUGGGAUACUCUUUGCUUAGUGGAUAUGAAGCGGAAUUUCGUAUAACUGAAGUGAAGAGUGGAGAACCUGUGUUGAAUCAAGUCAUUAGUGGAAACGUGCUUCGCCUUCUAAUGGCCAACGCUUACAUUAAGGAUUUGAUGGGAUAUUUGCCACAGGUUGGGGUGGAUGUUGACACAGUUCACUCUGAAUCUGAUGUAGGGUCACUCGAGGUAACAUGCAAACCUUCCUUUGGAAUAACUUCUGCUGAUAAAGUAGUCUUGUGUAAGAAUGCAUGCAAGGAGAUUGCUCUUAACCAUGGCUACAUUGCAUCCUUUAUACCAAGUGUAAACGAGUCGUCGGAAGUUUGCAGUCUUCAUUUCAAUCAUUCUCUUUGGGAUAGUAAAACUGGCAAUGUUUUUCAUGACAAGACAACAGGUGAUCUCACAGACAUAGCAAAGCAUUGGAUAGCUGGUUUGCUUGCACAUGCAAGAGCGCUUACUACUCUCAUGGCUCCCUCCGUCAAUGGCAUCAAAUCUUUUGGUGCCUAUCAACCACCUUCAAGCUUUGAACCCUCUUUCGUAACCUGGGGCAAACACAACCGUUCGGUAACCUUUCGUGUUAAAGAAAGUGGUCCGCAGGAUUCUUACAUUGAAAACAGGAUCCCAAGAAGUGAUGCUGACCCCUAUGUCAUAUUAGCGGGUACCGUAGCAGCAGGAAUGGAUGGUGUCAUCAACAAGUUAUCACUACCACCUGAGAGCACUGGAGACGCCAGCAAAGAAAGCAACAUCCCACCGCUGACACAAAAAAUCCCGUGUGAUAUGGAAGACGGGGUCAAUGCAUUGUUGGAAGAUAAAGUCUUACGGAGAGCUCUUGGCGAAGACUUAGUUGACCUCCUUGUUGCUGCCAGAAGAAAUGAAAUUAAGAGAUGUAAUGGACCGACGACGAGUAAGCCUGGACCAGAUAAAUACAAAGGGUUUUUUGAUGUCAUGUAAUAAUAAAAUAGAAGUUAAUUAUUUCUCUGAUCACUCUUGGUAUUUGCCGGAGACCUUGUAUUUUCCAGUCUUCCAUUACUCCUAUUUAUCUUUUGCGCAAUAUUAAAGAACCGUUCGACGGAUCAACUAAGUAAGCAACUGUGAAAUGUAUGUACUCGUGUCAUAUGACGUUUGGUUUGACCAAUAUAGACAGGUCAUCGAACCGAUACCUUAAAAAGUAAUAAAACAACCCAAACAAUACGAGUC